GAGGCGCGCCCGCUCGGCCGCCGUAGUUCGCGUUUUCACCUGGUCGCCCGGCGGCCAUGGCGGCCAUUCUGAAGCCGGUGCUGCUGGGCUUUCGAGAUGCGCCGGUGCACGGCAGCCCCACAGGGCCGGGUGCCUGGCCUGCUAGCAAGCUGGGCGGCAUUCCGGAUGCUCUGCCCACCGUGGCUGCGCCCAGGCCCGUGUGUCAGCGCUGCGGGCAGCCGCUCGCCCUGGUCGUGCAGGUGUAUUGCCCGCUGGAAGGCUCGCCGUUUCACCGUCUGCUGCACGUGUUCGCGUGCGCCUGCCCCGGCUGUAGCACCGGCGGUGCGCGCAGCUGGAAGGUGUUCCGCUCCCAGUGCCUGCAGGUGCCAGAGAGAGAGGCGCAGGACGCUCAGGUAAAGAAACAGGAAAACAGCCUUGCAGCUGAGGACUGGUGUGAAGGUGCUGAUGACUGGGGAAGUGAUACUGAGGAAGCGCCUUCACCACAGUUUACCUUGGAUUUUGGGAAUGAUGCCAGCAGUGCCAAAGACGUAGACUGGACUGCUCGGCUCCAAGACCUCCGCCUGCAGGAUGCUGUCCUGGGUGCUGCCCAUCCUGUGCCUCCUGGGCUGCCGCUCUUCCUGCCCUACUACAUCUGUGUUGCAGAUGAGGAUGAUUACAGGGACUUUGUCAACCUGGAUCAUGCCCACAGCCUUCUGAGGGACUAUCAGCAGAGAGAAGGCAUUGCCAUGGAUCAGUUGCUUUCCCAAAGCCUUCGUAAUGAUGGUGAUGAAAAAUACGAGAAGACCAUAAUUAAAAGUGGAGAUCAGACGUUUUACAAAUUCAUGAAGCGAAUUGCUGCUUGUCAGGAGCAGAUUUUGAGGUAUUCCUGGAGUGGAGAGCCACUCUUUUUGACCUGCCCUACAUCAGAAGUCACCGAGCUCCCAGCCUGCAGCCAGUGUGGAGGCCAAAGGAUAUUUGAGUUUCAGCUUAUGCCAGCACUGGUCAGCAUGCUCAAGAGUGCUAAUUUAGGUCUUUCUGUGGAAUUUGGAACAAUUCUAGUUUACACAUGUGAGAAGAGUUGCUGGCCCCCAAAUCAUCAGACCCCCAUGGAAGAAUUUUGUAUUAUACAAGAAGACCCAGAUGAAUUAUUGUUUAAGUAGAGCAUUUCCUUUUAUUAAUAUAAAUUAAAACAAAUGUUUAUGUCCAAA